UGAAAGGGAUGUUGACGAUGAGAAAAAGACUAACUUGCUGCACCAGAGAAAGGAAUAUUAGCAUUGAUUUUGAUGAGCAAGAGAGGAUUAUGACAUAUAAUGGUCUUGAGAGUUGCAUUUUAAAUAAUCAGUCUUAUGAAGAAGAAAGCAGAACUAGUAGAGGAGAUGGAUGUAUAACUGAUCCAUUUGAUGACGACGACUCAAGUUGUUCCUCCAGCAAAGAUGCUUUUGGAUCAUUCUCUUCAAAAUGUUUGACAAUGAAAAGGGAUGAAAAAGGAAUGGCAGAAUGGGAACUCCCAGAAAGUCCUCAACAUUUUUAUGUCAAAGAGAAGCCUUCUUAUUCUAUCCAAAAUUCAGAUAUAGAAGCCAUGAAGGAAAGAUUUUCAAAACUUAUGCUAGGUGAAGAUGUUACAGGAGGAACUAAGGGUCUCAGUACAGCUUUGGCACUGUCUAAUGCCAUCACAAACCUAGCAGUAACGGUUUUUGGUGAGUUGUGGAAAUUGGAACCCCUAUCUGAAGAAAAGAAGAACAAAUGGCGGAGAGAAAUGGAUUGGUUACUGUCUCCUACUAACUAUAUGGUCGAGCUAGUUCCUGCUAAGCAAAGCAGUGCAAAUGGUGGGAUCUUUGAGAUAAUGACUCCAAAAGCUCGUGCUGACAUCCACAUGAAUCUUCCGGCACUUCAGAAGUUGGAUUCUAUGCUUAUUGAAGUGCUAGAUUCGAUGGUAAAUACAGAGUUUUGGUAUGCAGAGGGAGGAAGCCGGGCAGAAUGGAGGAACACAAGUGCGCAGCAUAGCAAAAGAUGGUGGCUUCCAUCACCCCAAGUACCAAGAACCGGGCUUACUGAUACUGAAAGAAAGAGGCUGCUUCAUCAAGGAAGGAUGGUACGUCAAGUAUUCAAGGCUGCCAAAUCUAUCAAUGAAAAUGUGUUGCUGGAAAUGCCUGUGCCAGCAAUUAUUAAAGAUGCACUUGCAAAGUCUGGAAAGGCAAACCUUGGGCAAGAACUGCACAAUGUUUUGACGGCUGAAUCAGGCUCUGGGGAAGACAUACUUAAAUCUCUCAAUUUGAAAUCUGAACAUAUUGCCCUGGAGACCAUUAAUAGAUUGGAAGCUGCCAUAUUCUCAUUGAGAGAAAGAAUUAAGGAACAAGUUAGCGCCAAAUCUCCAGUUAAAACCUCAUGGUCUUUUGUGAAGGACCCUGCGUCAGAAGUUAAUAAAAUGGAAUUAUUAUUAGACCGUGCAGAAACACUUUUACAGCUGCUUAAAAUCAGAUACCCAAACCUUCCUCAAACAUUUCUGGAUGCUACUAAAGUUCAAUAUGGCAAGGAUAUUGGACAUUCAAUUUUGGAAGCUUAUUCCAGAGUUCUUGGAAAUUUAGCCUUCACCAUACUGUCUAGAAUGGGAGAUAUAUUGCAGGAGGAUUCUUUAAGCAAUUCUAAUUCACCUGUGGCGAUAAGUUGCUCUCCUGGGAUAAAUCUCUCUGAAACUUGCAUGGUUGGUUCACAUAUCAAGCAGUCCUUAUUUGAUAAGAUGAACAAGGCAGAUGGACAAUGCUGUGAUUCUAGUUGUGGUAGUAGUUCUGAUUUAGAACUUUCUUCUCUUGAUGCCAAAUCCAGCUCUGUAAUUGCUACACCAAACCGGAGUAGUGUGUGUUGCAUUAGUAAAGAGGCUUGUACAAGUGUGUCUCCUCAAAUUUCCCUAUAGUGGCUUUUGUUUAGCUGCUUUUGUAAAUGUUCUUGUUAUUAAUUACU